AUGGCGGAAGAACCGAUGAGUGCUGCCGCUGCCCUACUCGCUGUGACUGAAGAUGAGCGUCUGAUUCAUCCUCGUGACACGAAAGUGGAUCAAUUCGCUCAGAAUAUUGAAGACCGCGUGUCGAAUCUCGUAGGAGGUGUGUCGACAUGGUUUAGUGGCAUCAACACACAAACUCAGAAUGCUGUUUUGAAGGCUCAAGAUCAUGUAGACAAGAAUGGUGGCGUCUUGUCAACAGCCCGAUCCCACCUUGCUAGACUCGAGUCCCAAUUUCAAUCCCAGAGUGACCGCGCUCGCGAGAAGUCGCGGGCCGUUGUGCCUGACGAAACCUUGUACGAAUUAGACACAUCAAAUCAUGAAGCAAGCUUGGAAGAAGAGCCUACUUCUGCCGCUGCUUCUGCAAACUCCUCCUCCUCUCUGCCUUCUACAGGGGUGUGGGAUUUGCUGCGUAAAGUGACCGCGCAUCCACACGUGGAACGCUUGCAAUCUGCAUGGACAGGCGCAAAUCAAGAUACCAGGGCUCAGUGGAACAAUACACUCAAAGAAGCGGAGUCUCUUGCUCGCACGUAUGUCAAGAGCAGCGGUGAGGCUAUGCAACUAGCUGGCAGGGAUCUGCACUCUAAACUGCAGUCCAUGAUAGCAAGUGUCCCUUCUGAUGUAUCUGUCGCAGAGGAGGCGCCCGGCGCCAAAGGCAGCACAAGACGGGGGCACAUGGACGAUGAUGAGGAGAGUUUCCGAUGGGAUGAUGACGAUGAUGAUGUAUCUCAGCCUACAACAUCUGAGCCUUACAAAGGCAAUGCACCUCUAACCAAGGCGAUCAAGGCAUCAAACGAGUCACAAACCGACGAAGCCGACUCUGAUUGGGAAUAA